AUGGCGGCGGAGGUUCCCUCCAGCCCGUACGACGCGGGAUUCGACGAACCAGAGGAGUUCCCGCCGGUAGCUGACGCCCGGUCUCCUAUUUUUGGGGAAUUUAUCCAAUUCACGCCAAUUUUGGCCCGCUGAUUGUUCUCGCGGCUGCGGUGGACGUGGCAGGUCAACGAUUCCGAUGUGGGCGUCCCAGCGGAGCAGCGCGGGAAGCUGUUUGACCUUAUGCGAAGUGGCAACCGGGCCUUCCGAGAGGGCCGGAUUGAAGAGGUAUGACCACCCGAUUAUGCUGAGUCAAUAUCUGGUAAUUUAGCUCCUAAGCGUUUCUAAUUCCUUUUCCGCUACUGAAGAGUGCUAUUGAUAACUCUACUCAUAUGACGAACACCGUGUGUGCGGGUACGUCAAGGAUUUUCAGGACUGCACCGUAUUUACGUCAAUUUUCUAGCGCCGUACUGAAUUUACACUUCCUGGAUUGUGUAUGUCGGGAACGGGGCAUCUUUACGUACGGCGUUGGAAUAUCGCCCUCGAUGAUUUCAUAAUUACCUACGGUCCGCCUAAUCUUGGAUUUUGGUUUAUCGAGAUCUACAACGGAGCUGAUUGAGGUCUAGAUUCCCCGGGAUGCACGCUUUGGCCUGCCACUUUAAAGUUUGGGUAUCACGAGAGCUCUAUAUUUCACAUAUUAGUAUCCCAAAUUUUCCGGAAGUUCCCCUUUAGCACCAUGAGUUGUGAAAUAGACUGGUGAAGUUGAGGUUUUAGCAUCAUUUCGUACUAUUGUCAAUACAUCGUUCUUCACCUUCUACAUUCCGGUCAUAACUAACGUUAUUAAGUAUGUCAGCAGGCCCUGAUUCACGUAGUGCCUUGUGCUGUAUGUUGCAGUAUCUGGAGGGAUGGAAAACAAAAGGUUCUCUGGAACAAUAAUAUUCACGUUGAGAAGAUGUGACUCAGAAGAUACCGAUAGGUGCAAUGAUCGAUGGUCAAUCCUGAUUUUCAACACCCAUACGAGAGAGAUUUUUGAUAGUUGCUGUAGCUUGUAGAAUGAUGAUCAGAUAGUUCCUCUUUUUAAUUGAUGACAUCAUUGUAUGUGCGUCCCAUCCUUCAUCUAGAGGAAUGCCCUGAUAAGUGAAACUAUCAAUGGUCUUAUUUUCUUCGAAAAGGUUAUUUUUGAAUGUCAGGAAUGAUCUCCUGUCCCCAGUUACUCUUGAUCGACAAUUUAUGGGAAGUGUUGUUUAUGAAGAAGCUAUUUUUAUUUUACUUGCCUAAAUGCAGAGAAGAUGACUAGAACGAUUAAAGUAAAACGCUUGUUCUAUCACAAAAUACCCAUUUCCUUGAAGCGUUGUCUUAUUAUACCCGGAGUGUGGAUUGAUGAUUUUGGUUUUGUGUAUAGGCUAUUGCUUGCUACUCUAAAGCUCAACUCAUAAAACCAGGAGAUCCUGUUAUAUUAAGCAAUCGCAGUGCUGCGCUCUGCAGGUAAAUAUCCUAUGAAUGAGACCUUUUUUCAAUCUAAGGUGGAUACUUUUGCAGUCAGUAAUGAAGGAACGACAAUAACGUACAGUCAUAUAGUUACGAUUGGAGUUCAUGGAGCACCCUAUCUGUUCUUGAGCAAAAGUGCCUGUUUUCAAGAGGUGGAAAACAGCCUAUAACUGAUAAAAUCAAAUUCACCACAUAAGCAAAUGUCCUCCAUACCCAAUUGAACUUAGUUUUUCAAGAGGGAAGAAUGUAUUGUUCACCUCCAAUAUUUGCCUCAAACUGGAUCGUAAUGACAAUAUUCUUUGUCACAUAACUGGUCAUAUUAUUAUUUUAUUAUAAAAUCGUUUAGGCUGAUUCAACAUGGAUGAUUACUAUCAUUAAGGCUGAAACAAAACUUUUAAUGCGUUUUGAAAAUUGAACAACCAAUAGGACACGAGAAAACAAAAGCACUAUCAGAGAAACUAAUAUUUAAACUUCGUAACAUUUAUAUUAUGUUUCAGUAUGCUGAAAAGAUGAUGUAAAAUUAUGAUAAUAAACUUGUUGAUUGUUUUUUUUUCUCCAUUCAAUAGAAUUAGUCGACUUCUCAGAAGCCGUCCUUCGAGAGAUUCGGAAUAUGAGCCAUUAAAUGGAUUAGAUCCCACAACUCACGCUGAGGUUAGCUGUGGACAAUGGAUCGGCAUCUCACUCGUCUUCUAUUCUUUGUGGAUCAUGCUGAUUCUUAUUUGCAUAAUUUCAGCUUGCACUGAAGGAUGCUGAGAAGGUCAUGAGUUCUCGGAAAAAUUCAGCAAAAUCAUAUUCUCUUAAAGCUAAUGCCCUCUUGCUGGUAAUAUUGUUUUCCUUUUUAAGUCUAAUUGCGACUGGAGGUCCAUAUUUCCAUUUUGUUUCUUCAUUGCACUCAUUAACGAUCAUUAUUAUAGAUGAAUUAUGUAAGACGUAUGUCUUUUUUCUCUUCCCACGGAAUUUAACACUUUCGCAUCGCCUCUGGUUGUUUUGUCUUGAUGAUUUCUGUGCCUGAAUUGGAUUAUGUAAGACGUAUUUUUGGCUUUGCUCUCUCUUUUUAGUCCCUUUUUUUUGGAGCGAAGUAAUUUUUAGUAAUUGUCCCCCGUGAUGCCUUCCAAGGUUGUGCGCUGUACUUCAGAUAUCGUUCAAGUCAUGCCAUUGGUUCGUGAUAAUUUGAAUAAUUUAGGUGGCAUGUUUAUUUAUCGUCGAGAUUCCACCUCAUUGUGUGGAAAUGGGCGAAAUCUGAUUUAAGUUGAUUAGCAUCCACUGCCAAUAAAAUAUUUUUAAUGACAUGAAAUUUUUGUAAGAAUUGCAUAUCCAUUGCUCUGCUGAUGCUUCUAGUUUUUUGUGGUAUGAUUUCUAUAGAAUUUGUAUUUUUACUAAUGUUACUCCCGUCUGGGUACUCAUUUUACAUAUCUGUAGAUCCCUGAGAUCUUUUUUGUUUCUGAUCAUAAAAUUGCAGCUUGAACGCUAUGGGGAGGCACGGGAAGUGCUUAUUUCGGGCCUUCAUGUCAAUCCCCUUUGGUAUAUGCCAACACCUAAUGAUUUCGUUGUCGAUCUUCGUGACCACGAGAAACUUCCGACUUCCAAUUUUUUUCGCCCAAAAUUUUGGUUCCUGAUAUCAUUUCUUUCUUCCAUGAAAUGUUAGUCAAGCCCUUCAGAAAACUCUCCAGGAGCUGGACAACUUUUCAUCUAGUCUAGGGAAAAAUACAAAACACGGGAAGCCAGAACGGAAUGAUGACUUCGAGUGCACUGUUUGUUUCAAAUUGUUGUAUGAGCCGGUUACCACUCCGUGUGGGCAUUCAUUUUGUCGUUCAUGUCUACAUCAGUCUAUGGACCAUGGUAAGUCGCAAGAUUGUGCUUCUAGUUUCCUGAAUGAAUAUGCACUGCGUUUUUUUUAUUAUUGUAUCCUAAACACGAUAACUCCAUGGCAGGCAACAAGUGCCCAAUGUGUCGGACUGUCCUAUUUACCAGCCCCCGAACAUAUCCUGUAAGGUAUGAAACACUCGCGGUGGUACUUUCUGUGAUUUACAUUCCAGAUUCUGCAAUUCUUUAAAGGAUAUACUCACCAUUCAAUCCAUAACUUUUUCAGUGUGACUCUGAAAAAUAUCAUACAAAAAAAUUUCCCAGAGGAAUAUGCAGAGAGAAGAGCUGAACAUGAGAACUUGACAAACUUUGGAAUUGACUUGAUGCCUCUUUUUGUCAUGGAUAUUGUCCUCCCAUUUCAGAAGUUGUCACUCAAUAUAUUUGAACCUCGAUACAGAUUAAUGGUAAGAUAAUAACUUUCUACAUUUUCUGUUUUCUUUCUUAAAAUAUCCUCUUCUAGGAGGAAAGAAAACGCCGUUCUUCCUUUUGACCUGAUUUGAACCCUCUGAAGCAUCAGUGUUCACGAAGGAUAAUAAGAUAUGUUCUUUCAUAUUAUUUAAUAACUGCGUUAAUGACAGUUAAAUUACUGUACCUUCUUUUACCAAAAGUAUCAGCAUUUAUGUGUUACGUCCUUUGCAUCGGGAUUUACAGUUGUACCGAUGGAUGAGAAAGAUUAUCCCAACAUGUCUUAGUGACUCCAUUUGAUACUCUUUAACUCUGUAAAUACUUAAAAUUCAAUAUUCAUCGGACAAAGAACUUUUAAGAGAGAAAGAAGGGCAUAUUUUUAUGGAGAGAAGUACUAAGUGCUAAGUGCUAAGUGCUAAGUGGUCAUAUUAUUUUAUACUUUACAAACUUUUUUAUACCUUUCGUAGUCUCACGCCUAUGUUUUGGGCCUUUUGGUCCGUGGGAACUAAUUAUAAGUUCUUUCUUUGGAUAGUAGCGCAUAUGAAGCUGGCUUUCUUGACUAUAUGAAUAUUUUUAAUUUCAUUAAGAAAUUCGACGUUUUUUUAUUAUAGAUUUUAAACGACCGUAUGCUUUUCUUGUAUAGGCUUUGCUAUCUCUACAUCAUAUUUUUUUAUAUCACGACCAAGUAUAUGUCAUAAUCAAUUUGAUGGAAGUGGUAAAAAAACUUUGACUUCAGUUGAUGUUAUUUAUGAUAUGAAACAGGUGAGGAGGGUGAUGGAAGGAAAUCGUCGGAUGGGAAUGGUAACGUCUUUUACAUCAAUCUUUUCUUGACCGUCUUGAAGGGGACCUUUCCUUAUUUCCUCUAGUACACCAUAUGCAGGUGGGCAUUGAUUCUUCAACUGGUUUGAUCGCUGAUUUUGCAUGUGAAGUGGAAAUAUCCGAGUGAGUGAUUUUUCAUUUUAGUUCCCUUCUGCAAGACUUUUUGUGGUAGUAGGUCUCUCCCGCGCGGAUCCAUUAUUUCAAAUAUUCGGUAUUUGUGUUCAAAAGAAUAUAUCUGCUAUUAUCUUUGGUUACUGUCUUUGUACAGGUGUGAACCGCUUCCAGAUGGGAGAUUUUAUUUAGAGGUGAGUGAGUUUGACGUUUCUUAGGAUUAAGCUCUUGCUAUUUUUCCCUUUUGUCAUGAAAGAUUCGAAAUUUGAUAUUGUCCUUCUCAUCAUAUGAUGAACUUCACGAGUGAGCUUCUGCAUCAAUCUAGAAUCAUAAGGCUACCUAAAAUUUCAGGAGUACAUUGGCCCAAAAUUAGAUUCUCUCUUAAAGUCGAUAAGAUGAUGUUAAAAAGUCUUCAGAUAUUCUAUUAUCUGUCACUAUCAACAUUAAAUCCUGCCUAAAUUUUACUUUAUGAAUAAACUUCGAUGAAAAGUUCAGAUCUAAUAUCAUCACUCUGUAUGUAGGUAGAAGGCCGCCGUCGGUUCCAUAUACUUCGAUCCUGGGAUCAGGAUGGGUAAGUUUUUUCUUUUCUCCUCAUCUGUCUACGUAUUAUAUGAAAUUGGUAGAUGUUUUGAAACUGGUUCUUCUCCAUGCUCCUGUAGGUACCGUGUUGCAGAAGUCGAGUGGAUUCAAGAUAUUUAUCCAAAUGAAGGAACAUCAGAGAGGGAAUUUGUAAGUAAUUUAAAUUCCCUUCGUCAUUUUACAUUCUAUCUGUCAAUAUAUAUGACGAGAAAGUUUUAUUUCAAGGGCACAGAUCGUUUCGACAUGUGUUUGCAAUACUUCUUUGCAUUACCUUUUCGGAUUAAUCUGGUUCCUAAGUUUUAAACGUGUUUAGCUUCCCCAAAUCACCUUUAAAAGUUAGAAACCAGAUUUACCUUUAACCUGGUAACGGGAUUAAUCCGGUUCCUGCCCCUAAAUAUUGGUUUAUCUCAGGAUGCAGAGUCAAACCCAUCUUAAAAUUUCAUCCAAUUGAUCAACGAAACUUAUCAAAAAAAUGUCGAACAUCUAAAAUAAAUAAAUAAAUGAAAAACUAUGUGACGGUAUUUUUUGCAUGAACUCUGUGUACCAUGUGCGAUAGUGAUCCUUAGAUCCUUCAAGGUUUUAAUAUAUUUAUUUUCCCGAAAGGUAUCGCCUAAAAUAGCCUAUAAAACUAGAGAUCUGGAGCAUGAUGUGACGGAGGAUCAUUUCCGAACCAUACUGCCAAUUCGUAAAUUUAUAUCGUCGUAGCCCAAAACACACAAUGAACAUUUGUUGACUGAUAAACAAUAUGAUGUGAAUGAUACGGAAAAUUUCUAUUUAUUUCAUCAAAAUAGAAACACACACGGCCGACUUUUUCUUUCUUUACGUGAAGUCCACCUUUUCUAGCUCAUCAUCUUCCGCAGAUGUAAACACAGCCGUACGUCUCCAUCUGGUACUCAAUGGAUCUGUAGCGUGAUUCCUUUGUUAUAGGCAAUCACAUCGUCGCCAAUAAAAACAAAUACUGGCUGAAUUUAAUCCCAUCUACUUUUUACUCCUCAACAGUUGGAGCAGACGGUGAGACAAGCCGCAGAGCAAGCUCGUGGAUUGAUUGUGACUGCAAACGAAGCGACCAUGGGUACUGUUCUUUAGUAGGCGUCAUCCCCACUUUCGUCUCUUCCCCCAAACCCUAGAACAUGCAAACGAGCUCCGCAAGGACGAAAGAUAUGAUUUCCCGCUAUGGGUUCCAUUCAUUCAUGCGUUAAUGUCGCAUAUAUUGCAGCAUUUUUUCUUCUGUGAUUCAUAUACCCGCCAAGAGAUGCGCGGUUUGACUUCAAUGGGAUCAAACCUUGCAGGAAGAAGACUGAGGAGAGGACUCUUCCAAGCCGGUCCAAUUCCCAGUCCGCAGGAUCCCGAGCGAUUCAGCUUCUGGGUUAGAACUCCUCCACUUCUCUCUACCGGGAAGAUUUCCCCUUCCGGGUGACAUUUCUCAUCGACAUGGCUCUGCAGCUUGCCAACCUAUCAGCCAUGAGACCGGCGGAGAAACUGGACCUUCUACGCUUGAGGGACACGCAACAGGUAAGUCUUUGCAUCCGCUGUCACCUCCUCUGUUAUUUCUGCCUCGACCAGCCCCGCCCACUUCUCUUUCUCUCUUCUCUCUCUUUUGCCCAGAGGAUCUCCAGAGCGCUCACCUUUCUGGGAGCUGAGGCGCAGGGAUGUGUGAUCCAGUAA